CUUCGUGGUAAUAAUAAUAACAACGUGUAAGGCUCACGACGUCGGCGUCACAUUGGAAUCAGGGUGAAAUAAAGUGAAAAUGACCGACAAGAACGAUAAAUCGAAAGUUGAUUUGGGACUUCUUGAGGAAGACGAUGAAUUCGAAGAAUUUCCUGCCGAAGAUUGGACUGCCAAAGAUGAAGACAAUGCCGAUAUUAGCGUGUGGGAGGAUAACUGGGAUGACGAUGACGUCGAAGAUGAUUUUAGCCAACAAUUAAGAGCUCAAUUGGAAAAGCAGAAAGUACAGGGUGACCCUUCGGGAAAGGAAAAUUGAGUUCAAAACGAAGUGUGGAUGUAUAUUAAUUGUUAAGUAAUAAACUGCUAUAUGUAUUUCA